CGGCUCUGUAUCGCUCUUCUCUUCUUCAUCCAUCAAUCACAAGUCUCUCAUUCCAGUCACUCCUUAUUCUGUUUGCCUUCGCAAUCUUACAUUCUUUAUCCAAACUUAAAGUCUUUCUUUAACAACCAAACCACCAUCACAAUGAAGUUCACUGGAAUCAUCGCUUCCCUGGCCGUUGCCAGCACUGCCUACUCCGCUGCCAUCCCCUCCUCGCUCGACUCCCUGCCCGUCGGCCAGCUCAACGUGGUGACCGAGAAGGUCUCCGGCGUCCAGACCCUCCUGGGCGGCCUCCUCGGCGGCCUGCCUCUGGUCGGUGACAUCACCCAGAACGCCCAGCUCAAGAACCUCCAGAGCGAGCUGUCUGGCCUUGAGACCACCCUGAAGGGUCUCUCCGGCUCCGUCAGCAAGCGCGACGGCACCGAGCAGGUCACCCAGCUCGCCGAGGGCAUCGUCCAGAAGGCCGAGACCAGCGCCCUGGAGGUCGAGGGCCUGACCAACCUCCUCUCCCAGCUCUCCGGCUCCACCUCCGGUGUCCCUCUCGUCGGCGACCUCCUCGACGUCCAGGGCCUCCUGGGCCUGCUCUAAACGGGCAUCCCACCCGCCUUCUUCCCGACCGAGUGAUAUAAGCGGUGGGGAGCCUCAUACACACGACAUCGAGAAGACGACGACUCUCGCCAGGAUAUGACGCUCAACGCUGCGAUGGU